AUGUCUAGUGUAAUUCAAGAAUAUCGGCAAAAACUAUCAGAAUUGACGUUUAAUAAUGGUCCGGUCAUUUCAUACUUGACUCAACUUGCGAAACUGCAUCCAGAAUUUGCAGAUCAAAUAAUGGAUUUAAUUUCUGAGAGAAUAUUUAAUGUACUACCAGAACAAAAACUAUAUACCUUAUACGUUCUAGAUGAUAUAUGUAAAACCGUGGGGAAUCCAUAUAAUAUAUUGAUUGGAGAUGAAUUGUAUAAAAUCUUUGUACAUGUUUUUCAACUAAACAAUGAAUUUAUAAGAAAUAAAUUAGUACGAAUGUAUGAAACAUGGAAAAUUUUCACUAUAAAGAAUACAAAUGAACGUGUCUUUUCAGAUGAUCAAUUAAGCAAAAUUGGUACAUUUUUGAAAAAAGCUGGAUAUCCUAAAAAUGAACAAUCAACACCAACUUUAACCCAACCUAGUUUGCCACAAAAACCCAUAGUAUCAUUACAACAAUCACUAAUAAAUGAUAUUGAUAAUCUUAUACCCAUAUUUGAAAAGCAAUUGAGAUCAGAUAUGAUGAAUGAAAAAUUACAAGAAAGAUUUAAAGCUUUAAAUAGUUUAAAAACAAUGUUGACAACUCAUGAAAUGAAAGCGGCGGAAUUAGAAGCAAUAAAAUCUCAUAUUGUUAACAUACAAAUACAGUCUACGCCCGUUACUCCUGCACCACCACCUAACCCUGUAAUUCAAAGUCCAAUUCAAAAGGUCAACCCAGCAUUUCAAAUUUUUAAUGAUUUAAUACUAUCAGGGUUAGUGAAAAAAGAACAAGAACCCAUACCAGGUUCUCAGCCAACUUAUACAUUGAUGUUCCCUGAAAUCAAAUUCUCCUUAACCCAAAAUCAAACCGAAAUAUCUUUGGAAGAUCUUUUAUUACAAAGUAGUUCAAUACCAAGAUCAGAUUAUGAUAAAUUAAAAUUCACAGAAUUAAUGAACGUUUCCAAAAAAUCUGCAAAUAAUUUACAAGAUUUUAUUAAUAAUAAUGUACCAUCUACAGCAAUGAUGAACUUAUUAUAUGAUGCAAAGCCUUCAAAAUGUUCAAUUUGUGGGAAACGUUUUACAACAGAUUAUGAUGGAACGAACAAAAAAAGAUUACAUUUGGAUUGGCAUUUUAGGAUGAACAAGAAAUUAGGAGUUAAAGGUGCUAAUAUUCAAUCAAGAAAUUGGUAUUUAGAUGAUUAUGAAUGGGUUAAUUUUAAUGAUGACAAUUUAUUAGAUACAGCUACUGAGAAUAGUACAGAUCAACAACAAGAUAUUACUACUACGAAUGAAGUUAACUAUGUAACUGUUCCUUCUAAUGACACCAACAUGAAUAAUAGAUGCUUAAUUUGUCGUGAGCAAGUUAAAGCAAAAUAUAAUGAUGAUAUAGGAGAAUGGGUAUGGUAUGAUUGUAUGAGACAACCUGGUGAUAAAAAUUCUCGUAAAAUUGUACAUGUUUCAUGUUUUCAAGAGAAAAAACGAUCAGCCGAUGCCGAAUUGCAAAGUCCUAAAAUCAAAAGAGAAAGAAUCAUAUAA